CAUGAAGAGACGCAGGAUGCUCGACAAUUCUCUCCAACAAACCACCAUGAAGUUCCUCUCAUCCCUUCUGCUGCUGGGCUCAGCCGCUCAGGCCCACUACACGAUCCCUCGCGCCAGUGCCAACGGCGUCUCAGGGUCCGACUGGCAGUUCACCCGCAUCACAUCCAACUACCAGUCCAACGGCCCCGUGACAGACGUCACCUCGUCCGCCAUGACGUGCUACGAACGCAACCCGGGCCAGUCGACCGCCAGCACCCUUGCCGUGACCGCGGGCGGCACCAUCACCUUUGGCAUCGCGCCCAACAUCUACCACCCCGGCCCGCUCAACAUCUACAUGGCCAAGGCGCCCUCCUCGGCGGCCACUUUCGACGGCAAAGGAGCGGUUUGGUUCAAGGUGUACCAGGACCAACCCAAGGUCGUCUCGUCUGGCCUCGAGUGGCCCAACAAUGGCGUCUCCUCCGUCACCAUGACGAUCCCCAAGUGCAUCCCCAGCGGCGAGUACCUCGUCCGCUUCGAGCACAUUGGCCUGCACUCGGCCAGUUCCGUCAACGGCGCCCAGCUGUACAUCUCGUGCACGCAGGUCAAGGUCUCUGGCGGCUCGGGCAGCAGCCCGGCAACCUCCUGUCCUUCCCCGGCUCCUACAGCCCCAGCGACCCAGGCUUGCUGGUCAACAUCUACUACCCCGUUCCUACCAACUACAAGGCCCCUGGCGGCAACCCCCUUGUGUGCUAGACCAUUUCAGGGCGUCGCUGUCGUUGCUUAUGCUGAUAUGCUCAUGACAUUGGUCCCCAAGUUCACACCCCAAACCUUUGCUGCCGCAGUGGUUGAUAUCUGA